UCUCUCUGUAAACUACCCCCAUCCCACCCCUUGCAGGCUGCUCCCUCCCAUUGCUGUUGCUGGUGAUAGGGCCCCGGUAGGAGGCAGAGAAGGAGGCGGUGCUGCAGCCUCUGACCGGUCCCUCCCCUCCCGCCCGGCUCAGAGAUGGAGAGCAGCCCGGUGAAUGGGGGCCCAGCGGCCCGGUGAUGGAGCUGCCCGGAUGGCCCAGGAGAGCAGCAGCAGUGGCGGCGGGGGUUUCGGAAAGGGGUGCGGGGAGCUGUCCCUGGAGCAGGUGCUGAAAUCCUACGAGCAGCCGAUCAAUGAGGAGCAGGCGUGGGCCGUGUGCUAUCAGUGCUCCCGGGGGCUGGCUGGGGGGGAUACCACCGGGAGCCCCCCAUGCAGGAUCCGGGACCCCUCCUCUCUGAUCCUACACCGAGAUGGCACAGUCACCGUGUUACCGGAGCCCCAGCACACCCAGGGGACUGCUCCAAGUGCCCCUCUUUCAUCGAUCACAGAAACUCAGAUGGUUCAAUGUCUGGGAUUUGCCAUAUACCGUGCCUUGGACUGGGGCCUGGAUGACAGUGAAGAGCGGACACUCAGUCCUCAGCUGGAGCAGCUCAUUGACCUAAUGGCCAACAGUGACUCUGAAGGGACCCUUACAGAUGAAGGGUAUGAAGAUCCAGAAGAUGAGGAUGAAGAGGGUCCUCCUCGGGUGGUCCGCAGUUUCCCAGCGGUGCUACGUCUCUGUGCAUCUCGCCUUCCAGAGCCCCAUGAGGCACAGUCCCACUACCAGGCAGUGUGUAGAGCAUUAUUUGCAGAAACUGUAGAACUCAGAGCUUUCCUGAAGAAGAUACGAGAUGCCAAAGAGGUAUUAAAGAAGCUAAAGGUGGAAGAGUCUGAACCAGAUGGACUGGUGAGCCUGCAGAACACUGACUGGGCACGUCUGUGGGUGCAGCUGAUGAGAGAUCUGCGUCAUGGGGUCCAGUUAAAGAAAGUUCAGGAAAACACGUUUAACUCUUUGCCGACCGAAUAUCAGCUCACACCCUUUGAGAUGCUCAUGCAGGACAUCCGAGCCAGAAAUUACAAACUGCGCAAAGUCAUGGUCGGAGGAGAUAUUCCACCAAAGGUUAAGAAGGAUGCCCAUGAACUCAUCUUGGACUUUAUCAGGUCUCGGCCUCCCCUAAAACCGGUUGCCCAUAGAAAUUUACCCCCAUUGCCUCUCAGACAGAGGAGUCUGCACGAGAAGAUCUUGGAGGAGAUCAAGCAAGAGCCUAAACUACGCCCGGUGGAAACACGAAGACGGGGACAGAAAGGGUUUGGAUCACUCCCAUGUAUAGUAGACGCUUGUUCCAGCGAUGUGAAGUCAACGUCCUGUAUAAACCUAUCCGUAACAGACUCCGGAGCCCCCCGCCCUCGUUCCCGCGUGUUAUUAAAGGCGCCUACAUUGGCAGAAAUGGAAGAGAUGAAUCUGUCUGAGGAGGAUGACUCCCCCAACUCGGAGCUUCGCAGAGUCAUAAGUGCUCCACUGCCCCUGAAACGCGACCGCUCGUUUUCUGAGCAGGACCUGGCACAGCUGCAGAGUGAGAUGGGCCAUGUUCCACCACGAGGGAUGUCACAGGAACAGCCAAUGGUGGCAGCCAGGGCCCGGUCAGGCAGCAUGAAUACAACACCCAGAGUAAUGAACAGGAGCCUGAUGAACUACUCUGCUUCUGGAGAUACUGGCAACCCAUCACCCAGCCGUGGUUCCCUUAGCUCAGUGCAGGAGACCACAGAACCAGAUUCUGCUACAGACAGCAGCUCCAGGCAUCGAUGGCUGGAAUUCAGUCAUCCCGUGGACACACUGGCCCUAACUGUUGAGGAGGUUAUGAACGUUCGCAAGGUGUUGGUGAAGGCAGAGAUGGAGAAAUUCCUGCAGAAAAAGGAGCUGUACACCAGCUUGAAGAAAGGGAAGGUGUGCUGCUGCUGCAGAGUGAAGUUCCCGCUCUUCUCCUGGCCAGCUAACUGUCUCUUCUGUAAAAGGUCUGUCUGUGGCUCAUGCAGUGUAAAGAUGAAGCUUCCAGCCAAAAAGUUGGGGCACAUUCCUGUCUAUACCGUCGGGUUUGAGAGCCCUCCAGGAGUAAUUGGCACAAGUGGAGCCCACUCCAAAAAGGACGCUUUUCAGUCUUGUAGCGGUCUAUCGUGGAAGAAUGUGGAAGGUCAGUUCCCCCACAUCUACGCCCAGGGGUCCACCCUGAAGGAUGUAUGCUCAGAUUGUGCUAGCUUCAUUAGAGAUGUGGUUUGCUCCAGCCGGAAAAGUGUGGAUAUACUUAACAGAGAAUCUAGGAGCAGGUCAACACCGGCACACAGUCGAACUGUCAAAAAACUGUGAUAUUUAAAUGCUAGCUGCGCCCUCCCUGCCAAAUAAACACACCAAGGCACCUCAUAUCCCAAUGCCGCCUCCACUACGACCUAGAAGAGACGCUAUAACCCUUCCAAGUGCACCAUGUCCUGCUACGCCAAUUCUCAUUGUAUUUAUUUACUCUUCUGUCUGACACAUUGAAUGGGAUGGGAUCAUUAUUUUAAAAGUGAAGCUAGGGCGAGAUGCGGUUUUUGAGUCAUUGGUCGUAAAAAAGUAGCAACUGGGCACUUUGCCUAAUGAAACAUUCUAGCCUAACCGGAUUGUGAGCCCAGUGGGUUGGUAGUUUUGGACGUGGCGGCAGAAAAUGGGAUGGAAUUUUCCCCUGAAUGCUUGAAUUAUCAGCUGCAACUAAAUAAUCUGAUUGUGAGCUUCUAUGGUUAGAAGUCACACUGGAUCACUGGAUUUAUUCUGGUAAAGCUUCUGGGUUGCAGUGAUAUUUUUUUUUUUUUUUUUUUUUGAUCCCAGAGCUGGCUCUGCGGAUGGCUGCAGAUUGCUUGACAUUACUGCAUGGUCAGAAGAGAAAUGUCUGGAAUAAUUAAGUGCAAGUACAGAUUUAUAUACCCUUCCCUUUUAAGAACUUGCUGGAUAAUCAUGUAUUAUGUUUGUGAUCUUCACUUCAAUGACUAGAUUGCAGUGGAAUCAAAACUAAUGGAGUUUUAUGUGUAAAUGGAUCCAAUUCCCUUUUUUGGGGGGGGGGGGGGAAAGUAUUAUCUUGGUUAGGGUCAGCCGAACUGGUGGACUGCAAAUCAUAUCAUCCUCAGACAAGCUUUUCUGAUGAUGGGAAUUGUAGACCAACAAUAGCCCAUCUUUCUAACUCUAUACCGGGUGUCAAAGGCCAUCAUCAGCGACAUAGCACGGUUAUACACCCAAACUCGCUCAGAUUUUGGGGAAACCUGUAUUAACCUAUUCAAUCCAAAGCUUUGCAUGUGAUUUACCAACAUUCUCUUUACUGGAGUGCAUGACCGCUGCUAUGCUGUGCUUACCUUCUAGUGGUUAAAUGGACAUUACAGCUAAAAUACAAGUUUCCCUUUACAUUAAUAAGAUUUUUUUUUUUUUAGCACAGCUCUAUAUGGACAAGCCUAAUAACGGGUCCUGCUGAAUUUCAAUUUCUUUUAAGAGUGUGCUGACAAAUCAAUCUGUCCGUUAUGGAUUGUACUCCAUUGUAGAAUUUCCUUUUUGUUUACCAUCAAUCAGUUCUACACAACGUGGUUUAACGGUAGAUAUGUAAAACAUUGCUUGCCUGCACAGCGUCUGCACAAACCAAAUUGUUUGGUUGUAUUUAAAACUCAAGCUAGCCUAUUAAUUCUAGAACGGUCACUGCACUUUCUAACGUGCGUACCUCCCAACUGUCCUGAAUUUGGUGGGAGAGUCACAAUCCUGUGUCCUACUGUCACAGGCUGUUGGUGCCCAAAAUUGCAGCAUAAUUGCGUCUUCAAUCCUAAUUGGCUGUGCCAAGAUACUUUGGGAUAUUUUCUAACAGUGCUUAACCCCUUAAGGACCAAACCUCUGGAAUUAAAGGGAAUCAUGACAUGUCACACAUGUCAUGUGUCCUUAAGGGGUUAAACCAUGGGUAGCCCGGGGAGGUGUGUCACUUUUGGGACAUUUCACUAACACGCCCCUUAUCUGGCACCGCCUCCUCCUCUGCUUACUAUAUAUUUCCCAAUGUGUUCGAGAUAUGAUCAUGGUCCUUUCUCUCCCCAGACUCCACAUUAAGCAAGGUGGAGUCUCCACUGUAGUCACUAUAAACUCUACCUUCCAGAAACUAGGUUGAGUGUUUACUCUGCUGACUGCUUGGUCUUCAGCUCAGCCACAUAUGGACUCUCUUUGCAUCGUGUUUCAUAGCUAGCAUUCUCCACGGCUAGAGCUCUGGGUAUAGAGUAUAUACAUCUGGAAUGGUCAUGGCACUGUAGCUGCUGAGAAUUAUGACUCUCAGCCAGAUUUUUACAUUAUCUAACCCAGGGGAGGGACCAACAUCUUCAGUUAAGGCAGAGCCACCACAGAGAGUGAUGUUUGGACCUGUAUCUGCUAUGAACUACCAUUCCCAGCUAAAGCACCAAAACUGACCAUCUUUGAGUUAAAGCCCCAGGCCCCUCCACUAGAAUUGUACUGAGCUGAAAGGUGCCUCCCCUAGGCUAGAAGAAACUUGUAUUCUGUCUAUAAGUCAUCCUUUUAAUUCUAUUUCCUCCUCUUGAUAAUGCACUUCCUGCACGAUCUUGGAGUACAUCACUAGUACUUAAACUGUCUUAAUAUAGCAUUUUGUGGCACCAGAACUCGAAAUAAAAUUAGAGGUGCACAAAAGCAAAGUGAGAUUAAAGUUUUAAACCCUUGGAUGGAAGAGCUUGAUUAAAAAACUAGCAAUCCACUUCGGUCCUAGGGGCUCAAAUCCUAUUUUUUUAAUAAAAUGAAAUCUUCUAAUAAAAAAAAUGGUGUGAUUGAGUGAAUCUUUUAUAUUUUUGUGGCACAAU